AAAAACUAGUGUAGAUGUCACGUGAUUCAAACAAACAAAAACAACGUCUUAAGAAACAGUUUGACUGUGUGUAUAUCAGUGAACUGAAACUGAGUUAGAUAUAAGUCGCAAAAAAGUCGUAUAUUAAGAUAAAACGCAUAAUACAUGUGAACUUUUAUACUUCGGUGUAGGAGCUGGCAUGUGACUGAAUGAAUGAAUGCUUGGCUACGGAAAGAUAGCAGAGUUAAUCGAUACAAACUCUUAAAAUUACUGUAAACUGUCUACAAUUAACCAUGCGGAGAAGACCACAGUCUGCAGCUUUCACACCGGCAUUUUUGAGAAGGGCUGGGAGUGAGAAAACAGUUUCUACAGGUGCAGCACAGUCCCAGUUUCACACGGACCUCUGGCUCUGUUUCACUGUGCAGAACUGGAUAUUGGACUUUGGGAGGCCAAUUGCUAUGAUCAUAAUGCCCCUGGAGUGGUUUCCUCUGAAUAAACCCAGUGUUGGAGAUUAUUUUCACAUGGCAUAUAAUGUCAUCACACCAUUCUUAUUACUGAAGCUGAUUGAGCGGAGUCCCACAUCUCUUCCUCGCUCAGCUGUUUACGUCUGCAUCAUUACCUUUGUCAUGGGAGCUAGCAUACACCUGGUAGGAGACUCUAUUAACCAUCGUCUCAUCCUCAGUGGAUACCAGCUUCACCUUUCUGUUAGAGAAAACCCUAUUAUCAAAGAUCUGAAGCCUGCCUCACUGAUUGAUUCAUUUGAACUUCUUUAUUACUAUGAUGAGCACUUAGGGCAUUCCAUGUGGUAUGUCCCUUUCUUCCUCAUCCUCUUCUUGUAUUUCACUGGCUGCUUUACACAAGUUAAAGAUGAGAAGAUGCCUUACUCAGGCUGGCUGCUACUUGGCCCCAGUGCGGUGUAUUAUUGGUAUCUGAUAACUGAGGGGCAGAUCUUUGUCCUGUAUGUCUUCACCUUUUUUGCCAUGGUUGCCACUGUGAUGCGCCAGAGGCGGAUGGGCUUUGUGUUAGACAGCAAUGGCCGUUUCCUCUUUUAUAACUUCAUCAUUACUCUGGGAUUAGUUCUGGUCUGGGUGGCAUAUCUGUGGAACGAUAAAGUUCUACGCAAAAAGUAUCCCGGUAUCAUCUAUGUUCCAGAGCCUUGGUCCUUCUAUACCUUACACAUCAAAGGCAGUUAAUUACUAACAGCAAAUCUGAAGUACAUUUCAUUGACAUUUCUACAGUAACAAAAAUGAUAUAUAAUGCUUUGACCAAGUUUAAUGGAACUUUGAGUGAAACUGAUGAGAUUUGCACUUGAAUUCUGGUUAUGGGCUACAGUUUCAGUGUUACUUAAAGGAAUUGCUCACUAAAAAAUGAAAAUUCUGUCAUCAUUUCUUCACCCUCAAGUGAAGAAACUUGUAUGAGUUUCUUGUUCAAUGUUGGUAACCAGUAGAGAAGAAAGAAACCUAAACCCGUUUGGAGCAAUUGAGUGUUAGUAAAUGAUCAGUUUUCAUUUUUGGGUGAACUAUUCCUUUAAUGAGUUGGAUCUAUGUUUAGAACUUCGCACAAUGCCAUGUUCGUAAUUUUAGUGUACUGAAUAAUAAAGUCAUGUAUUUAUUGUGGCUUACUGUAAAAAUGUUGCUUUUAUGUCCUUGUUUUAUCUGAAUAAAGUUUGUACCCCCUGUUA